GGGCAUAACGAUAGUGUCCGAGGGUAGUUCGGGUGCAUAGCAACGGACAUUUCGGCGGGUAACCGGAUAAGAAGGUGACAAUACUUAGAUGUAGUGCAUGGCAUCAUAAAGGGAGAAGAAAGGAUUGACAUGUGUUAUGUUGUAACAUUUGGGGCAAGAAAAACAAAGAACAGCUGAACAAGAGCAGGGCCAAGGUAACUCAGGUGAUAACAGCUAGAUAUAUCAGCAUCACAAAGACAGAAGAACAGAAAACGGGCGCUGAAUCCUCAGGACAGCUGUGUGAAAGAGAAAAAGGAAGAUAAAAGCAGAGUGGUUCACACUGGACUCCCAUGAGGUCCUGCAUUACUGAGAAAAGGAAGGUGAUGUUAAAAAGCAUCAGUUUUGACCACACAGAGUAUCCUUAAGUAGGGGGACUCAACAUUAAUCAAAAUCUGACUUCCUGUUUUGAUGGAGGAUUGGACCAUCAACAAGUUACUGUAUAGAUUGUGUUCCUAAAGACCCAGACCCUCCACAUCAUGGACACACUAGGACUCGGCACUCAACUAAAAGUACGACAAUGUUCUCAAUGUCAGGGGGACACUGAGUUUUACUGUAACACAUGUAAACGUGAUCUGUGUUUACAGUGUAAAGAGAAACAUGUCAUUGAUCUACAUACCAAAAACCAUGAUGUUGUGAUUUACCGUGAGAAGUUUAACUACAUCCCCAGACAAGAGAUCUGUGUCAGACAUCCAGACAGGUUCUAUGAAAUGUUCUGUCAGUCGUGUGAACUUUCUGUCUGUUUCCGAUGUUUAGAGCACCGAAAACACCAAAUACUGGACAUUAGAACAGCCUAUCAAACAAAGCGACAACAACACCGAGAAAUCAUUGACAACAUCAGAAGUGAGACUCUCUAUAACUGUCGUGUUCUCCUGGCAGGAAUCCAAACUGAUAUCCAAACUUGUCCCCCACAAAUCUGUCACCGUCAAUCACAGAUGUCAACCAAAGCCCAGAGACUGAAGGAUCUGAUUGACACUGCGGUAUGUGAUGUUAAAACAAGAUACCGAGGUUUAUUGAUUGAUAGAAUACAACAACAGAAGAGAAAAAUGAACAGACACUUCACCCACAUACAGAACUAUGAAGACAGAUAUGAACAAUCAGCAAACAGAGCGGUACAAUUCCUCUUGUUUAUAAAGACCAGUCGUGUCCCCCAGAUAAAGGACACCCCUAAUCUUCCACAACACCUGCUGCUGUCCCUGACUGAGGGAUUCAACAUGGAGGAUGUCAGUCACUUAUUGAGGGGAAUCCCAGAAAUCCAAAUGACAACAGGAAAACAACAAGUAGGAAUAGACGAAUGUGUGAAACUGAUGUCCACACCUGUAUUACACACGUCUGUCUGUGUGACAGGUGUUAGUUGUGUGUAUCACAUAUCUCGUGUGAUGUCAGACCGGGUCUGGGUCUCUAAUUACAAUCUCAUCUUGACAGACACAACAGGGGACACUAUACACCAUGUGACAGAUAGAACACCAUGGUCUACAGGAGUACACACAGUGAACAGUUCUGGUGAACUGAUUUAUAUAGACAGGAAACUUAACAUCAACAAACUGUCUGUGGACAAUCACACAGUCACCACACAGAUAGAGUAUACAUCGCCAUGGUUACCACGGUGUGUGUACUGCUCCCCGUCCACUGGAGAUCUGAUGGUCGGGAUGUAUAACCAUGAAACAGGCAAGGUAACCCGGUACAACAGUAGUGGUCAACACAUCCUGACCAUACAACACCACAACAAACGUCACACACUGUAUAGUAAUCCUCUCUAUAUCACAGAGAACAAUAACGGUGAUAUUAUUGUGUCUGACUGGUUACGUGGUGCUGUAGUGGUGACAGAGCACGGGGGGAGACAUCGAUUCUCCUACACAGGACCUCCAUCAGGAUCAUCACUACAUCCAUACGGAAUCUGUACAGACGCGCUGUCACACAUCCUGGUGUGUGAUUAUUACACCGACACAGUACAGAUGAUUGACAAGGACGGUCACUUCCUGUCUCUGUUACUGACACGACAACACGGGAUAAACAGACCACGCAGCCUGAACUAUGAUGAUAAAACUCACCUUCUCUGGGUCGGAUCAUACCUCACCAACACAGUGUCUGUAUAUAGAUAUCUACAGAGGAGGUACUCUCUGACUGACAGAGACGAGGGGAUCACGGAAGCUUCAAGUGAUGAGGAUAUUGAAGAAAACCGUGAGGAACUGAAGUCUGGGGAUCUUGCUGAAUCAGGGAGCAGUGGAGAUAAUUGUGCAGAGGAAAAUGACGAUGAUAAGAAAUCAGAGGAAUCUGAUGAGGACACUCCUGAAUCUGACGAGGACACUCCUGAAUCCCGCUGUCCGUGGUGUCUCAACAUUUUCAAUUGUCAAAAUUAAGUUGGAAUAAGCCAAUGCAUCCUUAGGAGUGUUUGGAAAGUGAGUAAACUGAUUCUGAUGGCGAGGAUGUUCCUAAAACAAACUUGAUGACGAACAAACACAAUGAAAUAAGUGAAAGCAACGAUGAUCAGAAUUUAGAGGAGACCACCGAGAAUGAGGAUGAAUCCGAUUCGUGUGGAUAGUGACUCUAGGAUAAUGCAUAACUGUCGCUAAGGAAACAAAGGACUUUUUCAAAGGAGUUAAUUUGCUUAAUCAGAAGUUCUGUCACUGAAGCUGAAAUAGUCAGACACUAAAGUUACGAUCAUGUAUCCAUAAAGUAUUUAUUUUCUAGAAUAUUACAGCUCUAUAUUGAUUAUAUAUUAGAUUGUGUAUACAUUUAGAUAUCUGGUUUGUAUAAUUGUUAUCAACAUUGCAUUGUUUGAAGAAUGUUAUAUCAGAAUAUAAUAUUGUCACGUAAAA